AUGGCGGCUGGAGGCAGCGACCCUCGCGCUGGCGAUGUGGAGGAAGACGCCUCGCAGCUCGUCUUUCCCAAAGAAUUUGAAACAGCAGAAACUCUUCUAAAUUCAGAGGUCCACAUGCUUCUAGAGCAUCGGAAGCAACAGAAUGAAAGUGCGGAGGAUGAACAAGAACUUUCAGAGGUUUUCAUGAAAACUUUAAAUUACACUGCACGUUUUAGUCGUUUUAAAAACAGGGAAACCAUUGCUAGUGUUCGGAGUUUGUUACUCCAGAAAAAGCUCCAUAAAUUUGAGUUGGCUUGUUUAGCGAACCUUUGUCCUGAGACAGCAGAGGAGGCUAAGGCUCUGAUUCCAAGCCUAGAGGGUCGAUUUGAAGAUGAAGAAUUGCAACAGAUCCUAGAUGAUAUUCAGACCAAGAGGAGCUUCCAGUAUUAACACCAGGAACCCAGCCCUUCAGUGAAAACAGAAGAGGAAAUUUCCCAAAAUUCUUCUGUAACUGAGAAGAACUCGAACUCUCUCCAGAGACUAUUCAGAAAUCUGAUCACAAAAGUUGGUUUAGCCUCCUAUGGACAAGGCAAUGCAGAGUAGUCUUGCAUCAACAAGUAAUUCAAACUUGUGACCAGUUAUGAUUCUUAUUGACUUUUUGAAUAUUUGAGAUGUGGCAAAGGCCAGGAAUGCCACUUGAAUCUUAAAGGGGCUUUGGGAUAAUUUCCUUUAAUGAAGGGUUUCCAAGGGAGGUAGUGGACCAGAGCCUAGGUGCUUGCAUCAACCUCUCCAUCCCUUCUCUUAAAUGGAAUUGAUUAAGGGGAAAGAUUGAGUGGGAGAAUUUAGCCAGUAAAUACUUGUGGCAUAGUAUUGACUACCUUAUAUCACUGAAUUUGGCACUUAGUUUAUAUUCACAUUUCUGGUUUGAAUUUCAAGCUAUUUUGAAAUAUUAACCCAGAUUAGAAUAUGUAAAAAUAACAUGAAUAAAAAAGAAAGUUGUAUCUCAUAAAUGAUGGAAGGAAAAAUCAAAGAGAACCUAUUCCUAAGUGUUUGAAAUUCUUAAGGAACAGAAAAACUGAACAGCUUAUAAUCUUGAAGCACCAUGUAGUUAAUUUGACCAAGAAAUUCAGAGGGAAGAAGAUAGAGAAAAUACUAGCACUCAUAGGGCAUCACUGUAUAAUCAUAAGUUCAAAAGAGCCUUGACUUAGAAGGCUCAGUUUGGCCCCAGUAUAUCCUAAAGGCUGCAAGGUUUUGGAGCAGAAGGGAAUUUGUGGGAUUUAUUCUGACAGCUGCCUUGGGAAAGGGUCCUUUCUGAGUUUAAACUAGUCCUGGAUCCUGAUUUUAAUACCAUUCAAUAGAAGGUUGGUAUAUAUCAUAGGGUGGUAUCUGGGAAGAUCAGAGAAUGAGACUUGAUUCUGGUUGAGUCAUCACAAUGAACUAAAUUUGGGGCAGUUUUCUGGCCCCAAAUUUAGCAUUGAUUUCUGAAAGGUCAUGCAUAUAUUUUUUGCAAUUGCUUCUCCCAUGCUCUAAAAUCUGUUACUGUAAUUUGAUCUAAUAAUAGAAAGAAAGGGGGGGAUGGGUAGAUUCUAUAUUGGAUGUCUAGUUAAUUGUGCAAUUCCUAAGAAGUAGACUUACUCUAGGAAAUAAAAUUAUUUUUCAAUA